AUGGGAGCAUCAAAUGAGAAUUCUUCCAAAAGAGCAAAGACUUCAUCUAGUGGAGCAUACUCAUCAUCGCCUAACCUUGAUACACCUUUAAGUUAUGAAUAUAACUCAACAUCUCCACUAAAGCGUCCAAUGGGACAAAAGGCGACAAAAAGGAAGGGCAAGGCGGAGGCAAAUGCAUCUGAAUCACCUUCAAAUGUUGUGCAAGAUACAUGGAAUAAAAAAGUAGCAUGCAUGGAAAGACUAACUCAAUGUAAGGAGGACGAGAUGGAGUUUAAGGCAAUUCAAUUACUCUCGAAAGACACUUCUAUGAUGAAUGAUAGUCAACGAGAUAUUCAUGAAAAAUAUUGUAAUAAGUUGAACAAAAAAUAUGGACUUUAG